AUGUCUAAACUCUUCGCAAAGCACGCCGUGGACGACUCGUCCCCUGCAUCUAGAGGGUUCGUUCGGGACGAGGACAAGGACGGAGAGCUUCCCCCCCAUUACAAUGACACUGAAGUUGGACGCCUGCAACAGGUCCGUGACGCCAAAAGACAGAUUGGUGUGCCGACAGCCAUCUUUCUAAUAUUCAAUCGCAUUGUUGGAACCGGCAUUUUCGCUACUCCCAGUGCCAUUCUCAGCCUCUCAGGCAGCGUUGGGUUGGCCUUGUUCAUAUGGGUCGCUGGAAUGCUAAUUGCCGCUGCCGGGACGGCAGUUUACUUGGAAUUCGGCACGGCAAUACCUAAGAAUGGCGGCGAGAAAAACUACCUCGAGUAUGUCUUCCGGAAGCCCAAGUUCCUCACCACAGGCUUGUACACAGGAUACGUUGUUCUCCUCGGAUGGGCGGCUAGCAAUUCUGUCGUGUUUGGCGAAUACAUACUUCACGCCGCCAAUGUCGAAGUUGAUAGAUGGAACCAACGAGGUGUCGGCCUUGCUUGUAUCACCACUGCCUUCCUGAUCCAUGGCACCGCUCUCAAGUGGGGUCUCCGACUCCAGAACUUUCUCGGUAUAAUUAAACUCAUCGUCGUGCUGAUCAUUGUGGUGUCUGGCUGGGUUGCACUUGGCGGCCACGUCAAGCUUGCCGAGAAACCUCACAACUUCACCAAUGCCUUUGAAGGAACUACUGGGAGUGCAUAUGGUGUUGUCACUGCGCUCUACAAUGUCAUCUGGAGCUAUAUUGGCUACAGCAACGCCAACUAUGCCCUUAGCGAAACCCGCAAUCCGGUCCGAACGCUCAAGAUUGCAGCCCCUUUGGCCAUCGGGGUCGUGUCUAUUCUCUACAUGUUUGUCAACAUUGCCUACUUUGCCGCCGUUCCUAAGGAAGAGAUCUUGGCAGCUCGUCGCUUGGUAGCCGCUUCUCUCUUUCGGAAUGUUUUUGGUGGCACCGCAGAGCGCGCUCUCUCCGUGUUUGUCGCUCUGUCCGCGUUUGGUAAUGUCCUCAGCGUCAUCUUCUCUCAGGGUCGCCUGGUUCAGGAGCUCGGUCGUGAGGGCAUCCUCCCCUUUUCUCGUUUCUGGGCAAGCAACCGACCCUUCAACGCGCCUCUCGCCGGUCUGUUCGAGCACUGGCUGGUAUCUGUUAUCAUCAUGCUUGCUCCACCGCCCGGAGAUGCAUACAAUCUGAUUCUCAAUGUCAUCUCGUACCCUCUUGCGAUUGUCAACACAUUUGUUGCUGGCGGUUUGUUGCAUCUCUACCUCAACCGAAAGUCAUGGAACUGGAACCCGCCUAUAAGUGCAACGCUGCCAGUUGUCGUCUUCUUUCUUCUCAGCAACAUCUAUCUCGUAAUUGCACCCUUUGUACCUCCGGAGGACGGCCAAAACGUCUACGAGAGCUUGCCGUAUUGGAUCCAUUGUGUUAUUGGCUUUGGCAUCAUCUUCGCGGGUGGAGUCUAUUGGCUUGUUUGGGCUGUGAUUCUUCCAAAGAUUGGCAGAUACGAAUUGACGCGGGAGACUAUUGUGGAUGACAUUGACGGUUGGGAGAGGAAUGUGUUCUUCAGGAAGCCACUGGCGCAGUUGUCUGAGUAG